GUUUUGGGGGGCGUGGCCUACAGUCACCUACUUCUUUCAGUCAUUGUCGGCACGCGCCACAAGUCAGAUUAAACCUACAGGUGACAGAAUAUAUUACUGUAACAGAUUUUAGGCUGUCUACACCUGUACACCUCAGCACUUAUGGCAACCAGAGGCAGCGUGAAACCCUUUGUGAACUUCAAUGCAAAGCAAGAUGCAGAACUUUUGCGCAAGGCCAUGAAAGGGAUUGGCACUGAUGAAGAUACCGUCCUCAUGUUGCUGACAUCUCGCUCUAAUGACCAGAGACAGGAAAUAAAAGCAGCCUAUAAAAAGGCCUUUGGCAAGGAUUUAGAGAAAGACUUGCGAUCGGAGCUCGGCGGAAAGCUAGAGGAUCUCAUUGUGGCUCUUAUGUCUCCACCCACAAUAUAUGAUUCUAAUGAACUCCAUAAGGCCAUCAAGGGUGCAGGUACGGAGGAUAAAGUUUUAAUUGAGAUCCUGGCCUCCAGGACAUGUGAUGAGAUAAAAGAUAUCAUCAAGGCUUACAAGAAAGAGCACGGAGGCAAGCUGGAAAAAGACAUCAUGGGUGAUACAUCUGGACAUUACCAGAAGAUGCUGGUUAUCCUCCUGCAGGCAAAAAGGGAGGAGGGAGUAGAUGAGAGCAGAGUGGAGAAAGAUGCCAAGGAGCUGUUCGCUGCCGGAGAACAGAAAGUAGGCACGGACGAGGAGAAGUUCAUCAACAUACUCGGCAACAGGAGCGCAGAACACCUGAGAAAAGUGUUUGAUGCCUACAAAAAGAUUGCCGGCUGUGACAUUGAAGAGAGCUUAACAGAUGAGUGUACCGGGAACCUUGAAGCACUGCUGCUGGCUCUGGUGAAGUGUGCAAAAAGUGUGCCCGGUUAUUUUGCCGAAUCCCUUCGAGAGUCCAUGAGGCGUGCUGGCACUGACGACAAGACGCUCAUAAGACUCAUGGUGUCUAGAAGCGAACAGGAUAUGCUGGACAUCAGAGCGGCAUACAAGAAGAAAUAUGGCGAAUCACUUUACUGCACCAUACAGGAAGACACUGAUGGAGAUUACCAGAAGGCCCUGCUCUACCUGUGUGGUGGCAAUGAUUAGAUACAGCAUAGUCAUUUUUCUUUAUGCAAAAAUUAAUUUGUGUUUGUUAUAUAAUUGUUAUAUCAAUUCUUGUCUUGUUUCUUAACUUAUACACAUUCACAUUUUCUUGGUUUAGUAUUUUGCAUUUAUGUACCUGUAUGUUACCUUUUAUGCUUUGUGGUUUUUCAGUGUUUGAGUACUGGAGGUUAUAUUGAGGCAUGAAUUGGUGUUGAAUUUGUUUCUUUUAAAGUGUUGUUUGAAGGUUUUUGAUUAAGAAAAAAGCAUGACAUGUUUUGGACCAUAUUAAAUGUUUCUGUAUUUAGUUUCACCUGCUAAGAAUAUUCGUACUUCUGCCAUUAGAUGGCAGUAUUGUUUUAAUAAAUUGUUUUAAUCUCUUUCUCAUCCUGUUUCCACUUAUGUUAAUGUUACAUUUUUUACAUUAAUUAAAGAGUAAAGUUGAUUUGUGUGUAUAUAUCCUUAUCAAAACGUGUAUAUCCAUGUUAUAUACAUAUGUCAA